CGCUAUGGCAGGCUUUGCGCAUGCGCACUGUUAAAUCGUUACCGGAAGUAUAUGUCUGCACGUGCUGGCAACCUUGAAAGAAGUCAAAUGUUUGGACUGGCGGCUGUAGCUGCAAACGAGCCGCUCUAACGAUGACGAUGAAAAACAUUUUUUUUCCUAUUUAUCAGCUGGGGAACCCCCAACUGAGGAUAUUCAGACCCAACUGGUUUCUGACCCUGGUGAGGCCGGGAAAGGAGCAGCCUCCGGACACCGUCCAGUUUCGGGUCCCAAUGGAAAUGACAAAGUAUGAUGUGAAAAACUACUUGGAGAAGAUCUACAAUGUCCCUGUUGGAGUCAUUCGCACCAGGAUACAGUUCGGAUCCAAUAAGAAGAGGAACCACCUGAACCAGAAGGUCAAGAAGCCAGACUACAAAGUGGCAUAUGUUCAGCUGGCUCAAGGCCAGACCUUCACUUUCCCCGACCUCUUCCCAGAGAAGACCCAGGCCCCCGCCGAGGGCUCCAUGGAGGAGAUGCAGGACAAGUUCAUGGAGGACGAAAAGCAGCGGCAGAAACUGGACCCCAGGAGAGGGGGGGUCACCGAGUGGUUUGGGCUGUGAUGUCCGUGGGCUGCAGGUGCGGGCGGUCCACUGGAGCUCAGGUGUAUCCCGACACGUUCAGCGUAUUCUCGUGGCUGUGGCCCGGUGAGCAGAUCCAGAACCAGAGGAGAGUGGACCAGCUCCAGCCUCCAUUAAAACCAGACUCCCCGUCGGACCUGGACCCCUCCUUUACUGCAGAGACUAAUUGAAGAUGGAUUUUCCAGAAGCGGGCGGAUCUGAAUGUGUGAGACGUUUCAGUUUGUGGGUUCUUCAGGGUUCUGGUGCUCCAAGACUCUCCAGACUUUUAUCUCCUUACACCAGCUCUUCUGUAAAAGCUGUUAAUAAAUGUGGUCUGAAGGUUC